AAUUUUACGAUGCUUGGAGCAAUUUCAUGGGACAAUGGAGGGAGAUACUUAUCACUUUAAGGACAAUAUUUACUUUGAUGAGGCUAAUUAUUGAACCUCAUAAGAGAUUUGUUUAUAUGUUUAUCUUGCCCGUGUUGAUCUUUCAGGUGAGCUAUUGAACAGCUUCAUGAGAUAGGAUUAGAGUUUUCAUUCCAAAGCUCACAAUUACUUGGGAAAACGCUUCAGGAUUGAUGUUUUUGUCCGAGAAAAUCGUGGAGCUGAUCCAGAUCAGGUUGAUGAAGGAGAAUUCAAUCAAAUGUGUCCAUCAUUUUAAUGAGAACCAGUUUACAAGUGAUACAUGAUCUCUGGCUUUAUUUUUACUGGAAUUUAUCACAAUUUAGGAUAUAUAUUUAAACAGAGAUCAGUGCAGUGAGAUUUUGAAGGUGAUCUGGAAGGAGGAGAAAUCGAGUAUGUGAGGGGUAACAGAUAAACAGUGCCAAGAGGGACAGAAAAUUUUCAAAUUUAUCAGUGGAAGAGAACCCCAAGAGAGUUGCUGAAAGAACCCCUGACACUUUGACACGAUGGCUAGCAUCACACCAUACAUCCACAGUUUUAUCACAGUUUUCCUGAUUCACAAAGUAUUUGGAGGCCAAGAACUUGUGGAGGGUCCAGUCAGUCAGAAGGCGAGAAUUGGGAUGAAAAUCCAGCUUAAGUGUGUGGUCAAGAAUCGCUCGGGGAUUGUUCAGUGGACUCAAAAUGGAUUUGGAAUGGGAAACAAUCGGGACCUUCCCCCAUACCCCCGCUACAGGAUGGUGGGAGGAACAUCAACGGUUAACAAUGAUGUCAUUGAGGAGUUUACUUUGGAGAUCACUGAUGUUCAGCUAGAGGAUGAUGGGAAAUACAACUGUCAGGUGACCCCUACUGAUGAUGACCCUAGAGUGUUGCUAAGUGAUGAGGUCACAGUUACUGUCUUAGCCCCUCCUGACCAGCCCGUAAUAGAUGGGGGUCCUGUCAUUCCUCUGGAGCUUGGGGUACCCACCAACAUCACCUGUAGGGCAAAUGGAGGAAAACCUGCCCCUCAGGUGCUAUGGUACAAAGAAGGUUCAGGAAGGAUCACUAAUAAUACCUACACUAUUGGUACACCUAACAAGGUGACGAAGGUCACUGAUGUCAUCGGUAUUGUGACCCUAAAGGCAACUAAUGAGGAUCACGAGAAGAAAAUUGAGUGUCAUGCCAAAAAUGAGGCUUUACGGCAGCCCCUCAUCUCGUCUGUGACAUUGAAUGUGCAAUAUAAACCAAAAAUUAACAUCAGCCAUAAUGUAACCCGUCCUCUUAAAGAGAAUGACUACGUUCGAUUCUCAUGUGAUGGUGAUGCCAACCCAAGAGAGGUCCAGUGGAGGUGGAUGAGAGAUGGUCGACUGAUCAGAGGACAGACCAGGCGUAACCUAGAUAUACCACAUAUAUCCAGCGAGUACCAUCAAAGCACCAUCUCAUGUGAGGCCACCAACUCCAUUGGCAGUAGUACAGCAAAGAUGAAGCUGGAUAUACUUUAUGAACCAAAAUUUAUUGGGGUCAACCAGUACAUUCCUGUAGAUCUUAAAAAGUCAGUGACCUUGACCUGUAAUGCCACCGGUAACCCCCAGCCUGAGAUCCGAUGGCGAAGGUCAGACAGCCAAAUCCCCCUUAGUGAAACCACGACCUUAACUGUAUCUAACAUCGGGGAGGAAGACCUUGGCAUGUAUAUCUGUGAGGCCAGCGCCCUCUAUGGAGCUUUCAGUACCAAGAAAAUAGAUGUUUAUCUUCUGCUCAAAGGUCCACCUGAAAUCAAGAGUAAAUCCACACAGUAUGCGGAACCAGACCUGGAUGGAAAAGUGUCCUGUUUGGUCCGCUCAGUCCCUUACCCAGAUCAGAUCCUGUGGAUCAGGGGAGAUAAAAUAAUUGACUACGCUCAAUCCGGCAGGUACUCUGUCACACAGACACAGAUGGCAGACGGGGUGGAAAAUAUCCUCCACAUUACUCACCUGACCCCCAGUGACUUUGGGGACUACAUAUGUACUGCUUUUAAUGGUUAUGGAAAUGAUACUAUGAAAAUCACAUUAGCUGAGACAGAGAGUUUACAUUUGAGUUACAUCAUAGGAGCUGUUUGUGGUGGUGUGGCCGUUCUGCUAUUUAUCGCCGGGGUCUGCAUUCUGUAUCACAGAUGCAAAUCUUCCGACAAUGAAUCUUAUGCAGAGACAGACAGCCACACAGAAUUUAAAAAACGAGAAAAAUCUGAUUCCCCCUCAGAUUUCACAAAAUCCACAUUGAUGGAUGAAUGGCGGCAAAAUCUGAAUUAUCAUUGUCCGACAGAUUAUGAUGAUAUCAACAACAUAAAUAAUGUUUAUAAUGAUCCUAGAAUAAAUUCCAGUGGAUAUGGAACAUUAAAAUCAGACCAGAUAAUUAAUGGCUAUGAAAAUCACAAUGGCCAUCUGUUUAGUGACUACACCCAUAGGAGUGAUGAAUCUUUUCCUGUCGAGAAUGUGAAUGGUUACAAUUCUAAUAACUACGGGACCAGCACAUUCAGAAGUGGAUCUCGGACGGACUUUAUGAAACCGGACUACAGUAGUGAUCCAUACAGACUACCACCUGCUAAUCUGUCUACCACACAACUAGCCACAAAUGUCUGAGAUAGACAAACAAAA